CGUUUGACGCAUUUGUUAAAAUUUCGACUUUUCGUGACAGCACGUCAUUUUCGACAUUUGAUUGAUAAUUUUCUAAAGAUCCAUCAAAUUAGUUUGUUUGAAAGUUAGUUUAGGUACGAAAUGUUAACAUUUCAUUAGCUUUAUAGUUUUAUUACGAUGUGAUAUAGUGGGUACCAUUUUAGGUUGUAUCUAGGUAGUCCAUAAUGACUGCCCAAAAGUGUGUAGUGGAAGGUUGUAACUUGGAGUACGACGUUGUUUGCAGCUUUUCCUUCUACAAUGUAAACACAGGGUCGGAUAGCGAGCCGAUCCGGCAAGAAUGGAUCGAGGGUGCUAUGCAGGAGGAGAGCGAGUGUCUAUGGCGUCAUGUCAGUCUACAGCUGUGCGGGUAUCACUUCGAGCUGGACGCGCAAGGGCUAUGGAUCGACUCCCCCAUGCUGCCCGAGCUCCUCACCCUGCAGGAGCAGGUGGCCCCCAUCACGCCCACACCCCAAGAUAAGAGAGCCGCUGACAUAAUCCGGAUGGAACACAACUACAGCGAGGAGCCCCCGAAGCAUGAUCCUCCGGAGAAUGUGUCCAGACUGAAUGUUCGGCAGCUGGUUGACACGCUUGGCUAUUUAUCUCUAAAGAACCUGCAACGCAAGCAGCUGUGGGUGGUCAAAGUGGAGACGGACAAGGCAGAAGCCUCCAUCACACAAGCGGAGCAGGUCAUCGCCAAGAUGCAGGAUCCCAAGCAGAUCAUAGAGAUCAUACCACAACCCCAGGCGGAGGACCAGCCAGCCCAGAACGAGGUCAGCAUCAUGGAAGAGUCCACCAUCUCUGACAACUUCAUAUACGAGAUAGCCGAAGAACAGGAGAUCACUAUGGAUGAGGUGAAAGAGAUCCCAGCAGAGAGCAACAAGGAAUGGAUGGUGAACAUAAUACCCGAAGAAAACAAGCCUAAAUAUGCGUACAUCAAGCACUGUACCACCGGCAAGAAGAAGCGACACUUCACCGCGGAGAUGAACGAAAUAACCCUACAAGGCGACUACGAAAACUACUACAUCCUCCCGGACGCGGACCCGUCGGUGGGCGUCGAGAUCACGACCAGCUACGAACCCGACAACUACAUAGUUGAGGAGUACGAACAUCUGGUGUUAGAGGAGCGCCCUCGCAAGCGCAAGGACACGCCCGGCGAGAGUGGGAGGAAGAAGAAGAAGCGGCUCAGCUCCUCUAUGAGGGAACAGGUAAAGCAGAUAAAAUCGGAAAUCGCCGAGGACUGGGUGAUAGACAACAGCAUAGUCUACGAGCAGGAAGAAGAAUACGACGAGAAGAAGGGCUCGCCGCGCGUGCGCCGGAAAAAUAAGAAAUACCUCGGGUACGACUUCGUUACAUAAAUGAUACGGCGGUUUCAUCCAACUGGGGCAUCACUGGGACAUUAAAAAUACUAUCCUCCUAAGGCCCAGCCAUACAAAUGAAAAAUGCAAAAUUAGCCACAUAAAUUUGAACCUACAUUGUAGGAAAUAGAGUUGAUUUUGCGUUAUUAAAAAACUAAACGAAACAAAGCAUAAGCAACUCUGUUCCUAUCGAAUAUAAUUUAAAUUUCAUUGAACUGAAUAAGUACUAUAGGUAGGGCCUUGGGCCUUAGGAAGAUAUAACACAUUUAUAGUUCGUUUUUUAGCAUUAGAUAAAAGGUAAACAAUCUUAAUGUGUCUUUUAAUUGAAUAAAACACGUUGCACUCCGGGAGUGCCGGCAGAAGUGAAAACUCAAUGACAUUGUAACAGUUUUUUUAUCAGGUCACGUGUCAGUCUUACGAAUCUUACGGUCACGUGACCUGUCGCGAGUUUAACAUUUUUUCCCCAUCACAAAAAGUGCACAGCGCCACUAAAGAAGUUUUCACUUCAAAAACACGUUUUAGAAAUAAGUCGCGGUAAAUAUGUAACAAUUAUGAAUCUGAUACGAUCAUUUAUAUUCUUCUGCUUUCAUAAGUAAUAGUUACUGAUUUUUAAAAAGCGAUUUUCAAUUAAAAGACGUGUCAAGAUCGCUUACUUUCUUUCUAAUGCUAAAAAAAUGAACUAUAAUAUGGAAUAUUAUGCAAAACUUUGCGUACGUCCAUCGUAUUUUCUCGGAAACGUUCGUAUUUGUCAUGUUACUUCAGUCAACCUCAGUCAGUAGUUUUUGUACCGAGACUGUAGUUCGUUUUUUUAGCAUUAGAAAGAAGGUAAACAAUCUUGACGUGCCUUUUUACAAAAAAAAAAUAUUGUAAAACGCUUUAAAAAAUGGUUUAUAUUACUUAUGAAAGAAAAAAUAAUGUAAAAGAUCGUAUAUGAUGUAUAAUUCUAACAUAUUUGCUGUGACUUAUUUUUCAAUGAUGAUUUUUAAUAAAAAGACAUGUCAAGAUUGCUUACCUUCUUUCUAAUGCUAAAAAACCGAACUAUGACAAGGGGGAGGCCUAUGUUAAGGGGGAGGCCUAUGUCAAGGGGGAGGCCUAUGUUCAGCAGUGGACGUCUUAUGGCUGAGAUGAUGAUGAUAACUGAAAUAGCAAGAUACGUUAGUUUCUGUGAAAAUAAGAUGGAAGAUAAUAUGCACUAAAUCUGUACCUAAUUUCUUGAAAGUUGUGCUAGUUCUGUGUCUUUAUAGACAGGAGAGAUAGCGAUAAUACUAUCUCUGUUUACUUGUUUAGCGAGUUUUGAGAAUAUUUUUUUUAAUGUUGGAUGAAACCAAUUUUUGCCUUGUUUAAGCCAAGGGAAGUUUGCAUAUAGUGGUUCUGUAGUAAUAUAAGGGUUUUAUUUAAUUUACGGAAAUAUAUGUCAGAUAAUUUUUUUUUGGGUUCCUAACUGCUCAAAACUAUGCAAAAAAAUUGGCAAUUUUAGUGUACACCCAUAAAUAUCUAAACGGCCUUUCUUUAGGUAUUCAUGUGAACACUAUGUCCAAUCUUUAUACCCAUUAUAGUCUAUCUUUACGUAUUUAAAUAAAAGUAAACAAAAUCUACCCUCAAAUGGCUCCUUAAGCCAGUUGAGGGUAGAUGAAAACAUUACACGAUCAAAUAAUGUAGGUUAAAGUCAGGUCGUUCAGUGACAGAUCCAGGCGGUUUUGUAUUUGGUUGGUUAACCAAUAAAUGUUAUAACUACCUGUAAAUGUACAAAUUGUUUGUUUACUUUUAUUUUAAUACCUAAAGAUACAGAGUAUUAGACCGCCCGCCCUAA